AUGCCACACGCAACCUCAGACAAUGCAGAGCCCCGAUUACCAUUACGGGCCAAACCCAGCAGCAAAAAGAGCACAGCGAACCGCAGCAUCCAUGGUCUCUCAGAGCAACUCGAAGAAUACAAAACGCUAUACGCUACAUCCCAGCUCUCACAAACCAUAACCACACGACUACAAGCAAUGAUGAAGACAGCCCCAACCCCCAUCACACGCAUCCUCUCCCUCGGGCUAGGCAGCCUCGUCGUAACAAAAGGCCAAACACGACGACUCAAACAACUCGCCUUACUGCUCGCCCUCCGCGCCUCAAUCCAAGAAAUCUCAGGCACAUGCAUCCAGCUGUACGCCCAAGACCCCACAUUUACACGCCACGACGAGACGUUGCUUCGUAGUCUAAACAUACACAUUCUACACACACCAUCGGGCUCCUCGCUGGGCGAAGCCGCAUCCAUACUCAAUCCCUCGACACUCGUAUACUCGCCUUUCCUCACGCUAGAAGCCUACGAGCAACUGCUUGUAGCUGCGAAAACCCCAGUGCGGUACCUUCUCGGCGACGAUUUCGACGCGCUGCUAGAGAAAUGGCCGCGGCGCAGCGCAGAGCGCACGCAGGUCGAGCGCGUGGUGAAAACAGGCUUGGCACGGCAUUACCGCCGCCGAGGCGUUGCUGGAAAGGGGUUUUGGAGCGACGACGACGCGGCGUUUCCCAUGGCGCUGUAUGAGUGGGUUGCAGGGGAGAAGAGUACGAGUAGGAUACGGAAUCGCUAA